CAAUUUAUUAAUUAUUCGUUAGAAACAAAAGAACAUAAGAUCGACAAAAGUCUUCAGUUUCAUACUUUUGGGUUGGGUUUAGACAAAAAAAAGGGGAAAUUAAUUACCUAAUAAAUAAAAAAGGAUCAGAGUGAGUGAAAGAGAGAGAGAGAGAGAGAGAAGAAGCGUUUCGUCCUCUUCGUUUUCUUCUUCCAUUAAUACAAAGAAAUCCUACUACUCAGAAAGCUUUAUUCAUCUCUACUUCAGUUUCUCUGUCCCCAUUUUCCUCUGACGAUUUCACGAAGCCAAAAGAGUAAUACUUGACCAAAUUUCGAGGAAAGCCCAGUUUCUUUGAAGUCUUCAUCGAAAGUUUCGAUUUUUGGGAAAACCCAGAAUCUGUUUCGUUCCUUUGUGAGUUUUCCUGACGGGAUUCAAGAGAAAUAUUUUGGGAAGAAUCUGGGUGUUGGGAUUUACGGAAGCGAUUAAAAGGGAAGAGAGUUAUUUUGGGAAUUAUAAAGCUACCAUAUUGGGAUUAAGAGUUAGUAUUAAUGAGAGAAGACCAGAAAUAAUUAAAUUUCCAAACUUUGUGUACAUUAUCGUGGACUCAAGUAUACGGAUAAAGAUCUGAAAUCAGAGAUUGAGAAGAAGAAACAGAAAUAGAAGAAGAAGAAGAAGAAGAGCAGAGAGAAUGUGGUGGUGGUGUUCUUCAACGAAAGGCCGUUCAAAUCUGGAGAGGUUUCUCUUAGGAGUCACUCCUAAACCUCCUUCAUUCUCUCUUCCUCAGGAACAGGGGAAGGAGGAGAUAGAGUAUUUCAGGCUUGGUGAUCUCUGGGACUGUUACGAUGAACAUAGCGCGUAUGGCUUCGGAUCACAGGUUGAUUUAAACAAUGGCGAAACCGUUAUGCAGUACUACGUCCCGUAUCUAUCUGCCAUCCAAAUCCACACUAACAAACCCGCUGCGAAUCCCAGGAACCUGAACGAGGUGGUUGAAUCUGAGAGUAGCGAGUGUUGGAGUGAUAGUGAGAGCGAGAAGUUGCUGUCGAGGUCAAUGAGCAAUGAUUCGAGCAAAACAUGGGAUGCUGACUCUGAAGAUUCGGUUUUUGAUCCGGAUGGUAUGCUGUUGCCGCGUGAUAGACUUGGUUGCCUUGACUUUAAGUACAUCGAAAGAGAACCUCCAUACAAGCGGGUUCCCUUAACCGACAAGGUAAACGAUUUGGCGGAGAAGUAUCCGGGACUCAUGACCUUAAGGAGUGUCGAUAUGUCUCCUGCAAGUUGGAUGGCUGUUGCGUGGUACCCGAUAUAUCACAUCCCAACCUGCAAGAACGAGAAAGAUUUGACGACAGCCUUCUUGACUUAUCAUACUUUAUCUUCGUCUUUUCAAGAUAAUGUGGUGGAAGGAGAUCAUAGCAACAACAGAGACAUGGAAGAAACAGAAUGUUGUGAAGAAUCCAGCGUAAGCAAGAGGAUCCCAUUGCCUCCAUUUGGUUUAGCUGCUUACAGAAUGCAAGGAGAUCUCUGGGGAAACACAGGAUUUGACCAGGACCGGUUGGUUUAUCUUCAGAGCGCUGCGGAUUCAUGGCUGAAACAGCUCAAUGUUGAUCACCAUGACUAUAGCUUCUUCCUAAACUCGGGGCUUUAAGAUCAUCUUUAGUUUUACCCUUUUUCCAAACCUAAAAAAAAAAAAACCCUUAACCCUAAAAUGUUCUUUGUUGUUUCAAGCUCCCAUCAUCUCUCUGUGCUUUUGUUGUUGUUGUUGUUGUCUGGCUCGUUGUGUUGUUUUAGGUAGCAACCGCCAUCGCCGAGGUUUUUGCCUCCUGUUGCAAGUCCAUGGAAGUUACUCAGAAGAAAACAGAGUAUCCUUUUUUUUUUUUCUUUUUUUUUUCUUUUUCGGUGUUGCGGUGAUGAGAAAACGAGAAAGUUUUUUCUUGAGUGAGACCAUGUAAAUCAAGUUCGUUACAAUUCUAUUUCUCUCUUGUCUGUUUUUUUUUUUCCUCAGUGGUUCUGUGAACUGAGGACUCUGUUUUGUCUUUUUGUGUUGUACACAUAUAUAAAAAUCUAUCUUUCUUGUAUGUCGGUAAAGACUUAAAGAGAGCAAGAAGUCUACACUUUUUGGUA